AUGGCGGGAUCAGACCUAAGGGCCGAGUUGGACAUGUUGCUACUGCAGAUGCUCCGGGACCUGGAGGAGCUAGAGGCUAAGCGGGCUGUCCUGAACGCCCGAGUGGAAGAGGGUUGGCUGUUGCUUUCUAGGGCUCGCUAUGCCAUGGGUGCCAAGUCAGUAGGGCCUCUGCAGUAUGCUUCCCGCAUGGAGCCUCAUUGCUGUGUCCGCACCAGUGAGCCCCAGGAUGGACUCCAGAAGUUGUGGAUGGUGAGAGCCGUCGCCCAGAUCCCAGAGGAAGUGGGUCCCCGCGAGCCAGCUCUGAGAAAGCGCAAGGGCCUCUCCCAGACUCCAGAGCCAGAGCUCUCUGCAGUGCCUCAGGACCCCCUGAACUGGUUCGGGAUCCUGGUUCCUCAUAGUCUUCGGCAUGCCCAAGCCAACUUCCAGGAGGGCCUACAGCUGGCUGCAGACAUGGCCAGCCUCCAGAUCCGUAUCAACUGGGGUCGAAGUCAGUUCCAAGGGCUUCAAGAGAAACUCAGGCAGAUGGAGCCUGGGGCUGCUUGA